AUGACAGCCUUCCAACUGUUCUUUCUUCCAGCCACAAUGUAUCUGCUCUAUGUCCUUGUUCUGCAUUUAUGGUGUAAAGUUAUGAAAGGAUACAAGUGGGUUAUUUGUCAACAAGAUGCUCUCAUGGAUAAAUUGAACAAGAAACUCAAUAAUAGCUCUUUAUUGAAUGAUGAUCAGAUGGAGCUGAUGGAUGCUCUUAAGGAUGCAGUCUCUUUGGAGACUGUUGCAAGAUUCUGUAUUGAACAUCCUAUUGCUGGUUCCCUCCAAGAAAAUGCACCAGAUGUUGAACUUCAACAGCAUCUCCAAACAGAGCUGAUUCUUGAAGAUAUUUUGAGUGAUCACAGUUGCCUCCAAUGGUAA